UUGACAAUACCAAUUUAGUGUGCAUUUGGAGUUGGACAGCUCUCUCACUUUCGCUGCGUACUUACAACUUUCUCACAAAAAAUUAUAUGUAUUGAACGAGUAAACAUAUAAUAUAUUGAAAGUUGACACGAAAAUACAGUCAACUUUUUGAUUUGCACAGUUGUAUUUGUGCAUUUCACUCGUAGAUAUUUGUUCGCCAACUAACGUCAGAUUUUAUCAAACUGCAAAUGUUAUAGAAAAAAGCAAGAUCUGUUUUCAAAGUCUAUUGUAUUUAAUACGUUAACUAGCAGACACGAAAAAUACUCUUGCACAUUAUACAUAGAGUGCUGAACAAUAAACGUUUUAGUUUCUUCAGGUACGGUCUAACGUGAAAUAAUAGCUGUCGUUAGUUCAUAGAGUCUAUUUUAAAUUUAUAUGAAAAAAGAUAGCUGUCGAAUAAUAAUAUUCAAAAUUGAGUUUUAGUGUCACUUUCGCUCCAAGUUAUUGUUGACGAUAAAUUUUAUGAGACAAAUUUUUUCUUGUCGCUUUCAAGUUUAUUGCAUUCUAAUAAUUCUACAGUGAUAUUGAUAUACCUACGUCAGAAGUAUAACAACAAGAUUCGCUCAUUUGCGUCGUUAUUCGCGCCAACCAAGUGUGUUUUUAUAUGUUGUCGUAGAACGAAAUAAUUGGUACAUAGUUUAACAUGAUUAAACUAUUUUCUCUCAAAAAUGCUAAGAAAGAUGGCGAAUCACCAAAGACUGGUACUCAAAAAAAAGCUUCAGCAGCGCAGCUGAGGAUUCAAAAAGAUAUCACAGAAUUAAAUCUACCAAAAACCUGCGGUACAGAGUUUCCUGAUCCUGAUGAUCUACUGACAUUUAAACUCAUUAUUUGUCCAGAUGAGGGAUUUUACAAAGGUGGUAGAUUUGUCUUUAGUUUUAAAGUUGGACCAAAUUAUCCUCAUGAACCACCUAAAGUCAAAUGUGAAACCCAAGUUUAUCAUCCAAAUAUUGAUUUGGAAGGCAAUGUUUGCUUAAAUAUCUUACGAGAAGAUUGGAAACCAGUGCUUACUAUUAAUUCAAUUGUUUACGGGCUUCAAUAUCUUUUCUUGGAACCCAAUCCUGAAGACCCUUUGAAUAAAGAUGCAGCAGAUGUUCUACAAAAUAAUAGAAGAAUGUUUGAGCAAAAUGUAAUUAAAGCAAUGAGAGGAGGUUAUAUUGGACAAUGUUAUUUCCAGCGAUGUCUCAAGUGAUAUACUGCUUCAAAUUUACCAAUGAUUUGCAUGCCUCCACAAAAACUCACAAUAAAACAAAGAAUUUUUAAAUUUUGGAAAAAUGCAGGCUAUUGCAGUGCGUUUGCUAUUGUCUGUGUAUCUACUCUAUACAUCCUUACAAUUUUUACAUCUUGCCAAAUCUCAAAACAUCUAAUGCAUCAAGUAUUUUAUGCUUUUCAAUAAUCAGUUUAUAUGAGUUUAAAAAUAAAUGGCACAUUUCACAAAUCUCUUCAAUGAUUAUAUUGGUAACUGAUGACUCAAAUAUACUAAGUGUGAAGUUAAGUAGAUAUUAAAUUAAAUGUUAACCUCAAAAUUUACCUGAUUUUGUCGGGUAGAAAAACUCAAUAAAUUUCAUUUUUUACUAAACGAUAA